AAUAAUAAUAAUAAUUUGUAGAGUCAGAGUUUCCCUGUGUUACCCAGGCUGGUCUCAAACUCCUAGCCUCUGGCAAUCUUCCCACAUUAACCUUCCAAAGUGUUGGGAAUACAGGUGUGAGCCACCAUGCCUGGCCCAGGAUUUAUUCUUCACACUUCUUUCCCCUAUUCAAUCCACUAUCAAGAUAUGUCUCUUCUGUUCCUAUAAUGAACAUGUAUGGAAUCAUCUCCCUAGCAUUCUCCCCUUUAUUUUCACUUGGAAAAUGCCCCUUACUCCCACUCAAAAAAACUUUUUCUUUUCUUUGUUUUCUUUCCUCCGUCACUCCUUUAUUUUGCUAUUGUCCCCUCAGGUGCAGAGAAUUGAGCCAGUCAUACUCAUUUAUCCACACUGUCAUUAACAAGGCCUUUCUCAUUUUAUCUUUUUUCUCUUCAUUCCAGUUUCCACUCAUGUUCUUUCUCUCUCUCCUUAGGUAGUCACUCCAAUGUGUUUCAUAUAUGUCUUUGAAUAUACAUGUAUCUUUCAGUAAUAUGUAAUGUUGUUUUAUGUAUGUAUAUGUUUUAAAUGUACCUGAUACUGUGUUAAAGAUCUCAUUCUGUUUCUUUUUCAUGUUUAUGUAAAUACUUCUAACUAUUGCAUACUGUUGUCUUAAAUGACCUCAUACCCUGGCCACUGGUGCUGGGCCAAGAUGGACCAGAAUCCUUACCCAGAAUUUUUUGAACUGAAACUGAGAAAGAAAAUUUGCCUCCAGUGUGGAAGCCAUAAAAUGUAAAACAUACGAGCUGUCAGCAGCCAUGUGUCAGUUGGUUCCAUAUGGAACCAACUCACCUGCAGUGAAAAAGAAGCCGACAUGCAGAAAGCAGCAGAGAACCAUGUGUGCUCAGUACUGCAUCUCCUUUGCUGAUGUUGAAAAAGCUCAUAUCAACAUUCAAGAUUCUAUCCACCUCACACCAGUGCUAACAAGCUCCAUUUUGAAUCAACUAACAGGGCGCAAUCUUUUCUUCAAAUGUGAGCUCUUCCAGAAGACAGGAUCUUUUAAGAUUCGUGGUGCUCUUAAUGCCGUCAGAAGCUUGGUUCCUGAUGCUUUAGAAGGGAAGCCGAAAGCUGUUGUUACUCACAGCAGUGGAAACCAUGGCCAGGCUCUCACCUAUGCUGCCAAACUGGAAGGAAUUCCUGCUUAUAUUGUGGUGCCCCAGACAGCUCCAGACUGUAAAAAACUUGCAAUACAAGCCUACGGAGCGUCAAUUGUAUACUGUGAACCUAGUGAUGAGUCCAGAGAAAAUGUUGCAAAAAGAGUUAUAGAAGAAACAGAAGGCAUCAUGGUACAUCCCAACCAGGAGCCUGCAGUGAUAGCUGGACAAGGGACAAUUGCCCUGGAAGUGCUGAACCAGGUUCCUUUGGUGGAUGCACUGGUGGUACCUGUAGGUGGAGGAGGAAUGGUUGCUGGAAUAGCAAUUACAAUUAAGGCUCUGAAACCUAGUGUGAAAGUAUAUGCUGCUGAACCCUUGAAUGCAGAUGAUUGCUACCAGUCCAAGCUGAAGGGGGAACUGAUGCCCAAUCUUUAUCCUCCAGAAACCAUAGCAGAUGGUGUCAAAUCCAGCAUUGGCUUGAACACCUGGCCUAUUAUCAGGGACCUUGUGGAUGAUAUCUUCACUGUUACAGAGGAUGAAAUUAAGCGUGCAACCCAGCUGGUGUGGGAGAGGAUGAAACUACUCAUUGAACCUACAGCUGGUGUUGGAGUGGCUGCUGUGCUGUCUCAACAUUUUCAAACUGUUUCCCCAGAAGUAAAGAACAUUUGUAUUGUGCUUAGUGGUGGAAAUGUAGACUUAACCUCCUCCAUAACUUGGGUGAAGCAGGCUGAAAGGCCAGCUUAUCAGUCUGUUUCUGUUUAAUUUACAGAAGAGGAAAUGGUGGGAUUCAGUGUCUUUAGAUACUGAAGACAUUUUGUUUCCUAGUCAGUCAACUCUUAGUUAUCAGAUUCUUAAUGGAGAGUGGCUAUUUCAUUAAGAUUUAAUAGUUUUUUUGGACUAAGUAGUAGAAAAACUUUCAUACUUAACUGAGACAUUUUGUCAAGGCUAAAAAAAAGUCUUGCAGAAUGGGGCAGCAGACUGACAGGCUGACAUAGAAAAUAAACUUUGCGCAAUCACAACUUGUGCCUCCCAUCCCUGACUACUGGCUAGCACCAGUAAGAAGGAAUCUCUUUGAAUCCAUUACUCCAUGCCCUCUUGAGGCACUAUUGAAGAACUCUCACUUUUCACCCAGGGUACUGGUUCUGGUACAUAUGGAUCAUAAGUCCAUUUGGGGAAAACUCGUUUAUAGAGGUUCAUCAGUACUGUGUCUUGAGAUUUUAGCUUCCCAUCAAAGCUGCAUUUCAUGUGGCCAUGGGUACCUAGAAAGAAAACAGAACAAGUCAGUCAAAUUAAAAGUAGAAAAUUUUAAAGCAAUGACUUCCAACCCAAUAGUCAUUUAGCAACACUGCAGAAAUGUAGACAUGGUCCCAAAUUCCAUGUUUCCUUACCUAAAGGCUCCUUGAUAUGUCCUCUCCUGCCCCACUUUGUUCUCAGUUCCACUGGUUUAAACCACAGCACAUCCUCUUAGAAUCAAACACAUAAAACACCUAGAUGAAAUAUUUACCUACAAAAUGUAAACCCAACCUUCAUACCACAAAGGCAAUCAGAUCCCAUCCUUCUCCUUCAUACCUACCUCUGUUGAAGAACAUGUAACGUACUACUGCCAUCUUAGUAAAAAUUUUGAAAGGAUGACCGCUCAAAACAACUCUCUUGAUGACCAUUCUGUCUGGAUCUACUGACAUAAGGUGGCCUGUAGCAAUGAGGCUGUGCAUUCCUAAAGCGCAAAAGCAAAGAAGCUAUUUAGGAAUUUACAGGCCAAGGUCUUCAUUUAUUGCCCCAGUCCAUCUAAAGACCCAUUUAAGAGCCUGGUUUGUCAUCCCUGCCCUAGCCCAGUCUGAGGCUAAGAUUGGUAAACUGUUAAGUCCACACUUAACCUUGUCAAUAGGUUCUUGAAAACUUGUACUUUAAGAGAAAUGAUGUAUAACAAAACCAUAUUUUUUCUCAUCAGUUGUUACAAGGAAAGGAUGUUGAACAAAAGGCAGUUAUUUGAAGACUGGCUAUAUACUGUUUCACUUAAAAGUUGCAGUUUUCAUUGUUCUAUUAACAACGUUAAGCGAAGACUUACUGUAUUUUGAAAACCAUCAUUACCUUCUCCAUACCAUUUGGCUCCCAAAUCUAAAUACAGAAGAGAACAGUGUUCAUCCUAUUAA